AUGCCACGAUUAGUUGUGAAAUCUCCACCGCCCUCGGUGGCUCCACGAACGGUGGCGACCGUUCGUCCCUCGGUCGAACAACCUACGCAAUCAGUUGCUAUGCCACCAACUCCACCGCCAGUUCUGCAGUCUGCACAACCAUCUCCACCGCCCUCGGUGCAUCUACCGACAACGAUCGAACAACCUACGCAAUAUGUUACUAUGCCGCCACCUCCACCGCCAGUUCUGCAGUCUGCACAACCACCACCACCGCCCUGGGUGCAUCUACCGACAACGAUCGAACAACCUACGCAAUAUGUUGCUAUGCCACCACCUCCACCGCCCUCGGUGGCUCCAGCACCACAUUCUCUCCUACUGGUUCCUACCACGAAUGCAUUGAAUCAGUGCUACCGGGUGCAUCAUCCAGCGGUAGACAUGAUUAUGUUACCGGAAUAUAAAAUCAUAGAAUUAAGGACGCAAAUUGAAAAAUGGUUACAACAACUGAGCUUAAUGUGA